AUGUGCUCCCAUCAGAGUGUCCUCAUACAUCAGGCAUUUCCAUCAGAGUGUCCCCUUACAUUGAGCAUUCCACUUACAUAAGGUGUGCCCUUCAGUGUGUCCCCUUACAUUAGGUGUGCCCAUCAGAGAGCUCCUUUAAAGCAGAUGUCCCCAUCAGUGUGCCCCUUUACAUCAGGUAUCCCUAUCACAGUGCCACCUUAUAUCAGGUAUUCCCAUCAGAGUGCCCCCUUUCCAUCAUAUUUCCCCAUCAAAAUGCCCCUUUACAUCAUAUUCCCUAUCAGAGUGCCCUUUGCAUCACAUGUGCCCAUCAGAGUG